AUGUUUGAAGCACGUUUAACCCAAGGGGCCUUGCUUAAAAGUGAAACAGGUAUCUCUCUACAGGCUAUGGAUAACUCUCAUGUCGCGUUGGUAUCGUUAUCGCUUCGUUCUGAAGGUUUUAAUCCGUAUCGCUGUGACCGAGGUUUCUCUUUGGGCGUAAAUCUAAACUCUUUAAAUAAAAUAAUGAAAUGUGCUGGAAAUGAAGAUAUGAUUACGCUUAAAGCUGAUGAUAGUUCGGCAGAUAGCUUGUGUUUAGUGUUUGAAGGUUCAGCUAACGAGAGAGUCAGUGAAUAUGAAUUGAAAUUAAUGGAUAUUGAUCAAGAGCACCUCAGUAUUCCUGAAACAGAUUAUGAUGCUACCGUCAUGAUGCCUUCGGCUGAAUUCCAAAGAAUUUGUCGGGAUUUGAUGGUUAUUAGUGAAUCAGUGACUAUUGACGUUUCAAAAGAUGAGUUAAGAUUUACUGCGGAAGGUGAAUUAGGAACCGGAAAUGUAAAAUUGAAACCGACUUCUACUAUUGACAAGCCUGAGGAAUCCAUUACAAUCGAAUUAGGUCAAACUGUUACUCUUCAAUUCUCCCUUAAAUACCUAACGAAUUUCACGAGAGGCACCCCUUUGUCUGACCAAGUCAUGCUUUGUUUAUCUGAUAACAUGCCAUUACUCGUAGAAUAUAAGAUGGACAUCGGUUAUAUUCGAUAUUAUCUUGCUCCUAAA